CUCUCCUCGGUUCGCUACUCUCGUGCAGAUUACCCCCUGAAUCGUUCGGAGAUGCAAAGAACCAUUUUCUAGAGAAGUGAGGAGGGAGAUGGACGGCGACGCCGGGAUGAUCCCGUCGUCUUCCUCCGCCGAGUCGUCACCCUCUUCCUCCGACGUCGACAGCGAGUCCACGAGGUCGUCGUUCUUUCGUGACCGCAGCACGACGCUAGGGACGCUCAUGGGCGUGUCCUUCGCCGACGACGAGGAGGAGGAUGAUCAGCAGCAGCAGAGGGAGGCGGCGCGAGAAGGGCAGGGGAGGGAGAGGCCCCGCGUCCCCGUGGCCGGAGAGGAGGGCGGGCGGAGGUGGCGCCGGAGGUGGAGGCGCAGGCGCUGGCGCAACGCCGGCGGCAGCUGGUGGCGGCUAUGCAGGGACGACGUUGGCGGAACGACGUCACUGGGCCAGUUCUUGCACAUGGAGAGGCAGCUCGCCGGCGCCGGGCUGGGAGCCGGCGACGGCGCUGUUCGACGAGAGAGCGCCCGGCCAGCGCUGCCGGCUCGGGAGGAGAGGGUUAAGUUGCAGCUGCGGAGGUCGGCGCAGGGGUCGUCGUCGUCGGUAGUGAGGCUGCCGGUGCUGCUCACCGCCAUGUGCAGCGGCGGAGCCUGAUUUGUAUUCGGAACAUGCACAUCAUUAAUUUACGACUACUGAUGAACAAUGAUUGCUACUAGCAUUUUGAG